AUGGAGAAACUACCAUUACUCUCUUCAUCUUCAAGCUCUGUUGACAGAUUGCUAUCAAAGGAAAGAAGUUUAAAGGAUCUAUCAAAUGCUCCAGAUACCUAUUAUCAAGGUGGUGGUGGAUUGUCAUCAUCACGUGACAGUAACAACAACAACAACAAUGAAAAUGAAUUUAGAAUGACUACGACUACGACAACAAAGACUACAACUACGCCAUCAUCAUCAUCGUCUUCAUCAUCAUCAUCAUCAUCAUCACCUCAAAGAGUAAAAUCACCAACCUCAACUUCAAGUUCUCGUGUACCAAAAAAGUUUAAAGAAGAAUCAUCACCAUUAUUACUCACGCAAGAUAAUAAUACAAAUUACUAUCAACAAACGCAACAACAAUACAAUUUGAAUCAAUCAAAUGAUAGUAACAAAAGUUUUGGUAAAAGUGGAUUAUUCAAACAAAGUAGAGAUAGUAAUUUUGAUGAUGAUGACGAUCACUUGCUUCAACAACAACAUUAUCACGAUGAAUAUCAACAACAGGAAAAGAUUACUUUUCCAAACCUUUUACACAAACCUGUUCCACAUCAAAAGAUACGGCUAGUGUCUGAAGAAAAAGAUGUCUUUGAAACUUAUACAUUUGAUGAAUUAAUGUGUUUCUUAACAUUAAUCAAAGAAAAAGAAAAAAACAAAGAAGAUGAUGAAAAGAAUAUACAUCCUCUACGAAAGAGUGUUGAUCAAUCAAAUAAUAAUAAUAGUAAUGAAUUAAAAUCAAAUAAUAGAAGAUUAAAAAGAGUAUCAAGUCAUUUAAAUACUCCUACAUGGAUUGAUUUACAAGGGUUGACAGAUGAUCAAGUUGAUAUCGUUGGACAUUGUCUUGGACUUCAUUCGCUGACAACUAAUGAAAUUAAAUUGGAUGGUGAUACUCCAGAGAAAUGCGAAGAGUUUCCAGAAUACCUAUUGGUCAUCUGUUCCGAGUUGGUACAGAGUCGUGGUAAAGGAAAUCAACUACGAGAGAAUCUAUUCUAUCUUGUAUUGUUUAGUGACUAUAUCGUAGUCUUUCACAAACAUCCUCUAUCAUGUUUUGAUCAUGUUGUCAAUUCAUUCAAGUAUCUUUCACGAUCACAACUAUCUAGUUCCCAAUGGCUCCUCUUUGCCUUUUUCGAUGCUGUCAAUGAAGGUUACUCGGAACUCUAUGAAAACAUAACCAAAGAGGUUGAAGUAUUGGAAGACUUUAGUUUUCUAGAUUUUGAAGAAGUUGAAUUCAAUGAAACUUAUAUUCGUCUUGGUCGUGCAUCUCGUCAUUCAACUCAAAUUCUACUUUCAUUAUUAAUUAAAAAUGAUAUCUUAUCAUCAAUUUUAAGAGGUACUAUAAACAAAGAGACAUCAGUACAUCUUAGUAAUGUAAAAGAUAGAAUUGGCUUUUUGAAACAAAAUAUGAAAUUAACAGAAGAUCUAUUGGAAAAUUUAAAGAAUGUCUUUUUGUCAAAGAUUUCAUUACUAGUGAAUGAAGAAUCACAUAAAUUAAAUAUAUCAAUGAGUAAAUUUACAACAUUGAGUGUAAUAUUUCUACCGAUUACAUUGGCUGUUACAAUCAUGGGAAUGAACAUAAAAAUACCUGGUACUACAGAGCACGACAAGAAUGAAACUGGAUUGUUAUCAUUUUUUGUAAUAGCGGUUAUCCUUGGUAUUAUUGUUAUUGUCAAUACAUUUACCCUUAGAAAGUAUUUUCUCUCUGGUAUUGGUGAUAGAGAUUAA